AUGACUACCAGAAUCAAGCUACUGUACUACGCGGUUGAUUUGCCUUGCCAACUGCCUACCGAAGCUGAAAUCGAUGAAGCUCCAAAUAUUGCCGAGCAAUUCGGAGGCCGGAGAAUUGUUGCAAUUGAGCCCCAUUUCGUGGUGAAGUUUGGAAUGGGUAUAGACCUGCUUGAGGGAGAGAACAUGAUAUUUGUUCGUGAGAACACGAGCAUAUGUGUCCCUCGGGUCUAUGCGCUUUAUACAAGCAUGAAUACUGGGAAGAAGUACAUCGUCAUGGAAUGGAUUCCUGGUGAGACGCUCUUGUCAUCAUGGUCCUGGCUGGGCCUUUCGGAAAAGGAGUCUCUUCCGCAGCCAAGCUAUUACGGUAGUCUGGGUGAACGGCCUCUUCUAGACGGGAUAUUCUGGACACAGGAGCCAGAGCCGGCCAUCAAUGGCCUGUUCACGUCCAAUGAGGACCUCAUCGAAGGGAUGGCUAGGAAAUAUAUCCAUGACUCUGGGCCUUCAAUCAGAGCGGACUUCCUUCGCCAUUGCCUACCACGUGUCCUCUGUGAUCAGCGCCCAACAUUCACUCAUGGUGACUUUCAAAGGAAAAAUAUAAUGCUGCAAGUUAAAGAAGGCGAUGCCGGCGGCGAUAGCGCUGAACUGCAGGUUGUGGUCCUUGACUGGGAGAAGUCAGGCUGGUAUCUGGCUUACUGGGAGUAUUGCCUAGCUUAUUGCGCCCUAUGGUUUGAUAAUGAUUGGUGCCUCUGGGUUGAUAAAGCGCUGGAGCCUUUUAUCUCUGAGGCUGCCUGGCUGUACCAGAUACGUCUGGAGUUGUGGUCUUAG